AUGCUGUUCAUAAUUGUCAUCCUAGCUGUUGGAUUUUCUAAGAUUGAGACAUGCCCAAUAUUUUGUCGAUGUUAUUCUUCAUUCGAUGGUUUUCAUAUAACAUGUCAAAAUACAGAACUUUACGAAAUACCAUUUAAUUUAACAAAAUUUCUUCAAACAACAGAGCACCAAAAUUUAAUUGUUGACUUAAGUCUUAAUUUUCUUUCAAUAUUACCAUGUAAUUUUCUUCAAAUAUCAUCCAUAAUCACAUUAAUCUUAACUAAAAAUCGUAUAGAAUCAAUUCCAUUAUGUUUUUCUCAAUCAUCAAUUCGAAUGCUUCAUUUGAAUGAAAAUCAACUUCGAUUCAGCCCAGCAACGAUUUUAUCAAGUUCAAAAUUACUUUAUCUUGAUCUAUCUCAUAAUCAUUUACCGUAUUUGCCUCGUACAUUUUUUAAUCAUCUUCGACGUCUUCGCACAUUAAUAUUAAACGGUGAAUUGAUUUUAUUUGAGAAAAACAACGAUCAAUGGAUUCGCUCUUUAACAACAAGAAAUCAAUUAACAAUUAUAAUCUGCGAUGAAAAUUUUCAUGUACCUUUAUGUUUAUUUAAUAACCUAUUUCAAUCGAAUAGAUUAUUAUCCAUGGAAAUAAAUUCAUUGAUUCAUUGUGAUUGUUCAUUUGUUUAUUUACCAUUAGAAAAAAUUCAUUUUCAUCAUUGUAAAACUCAACAAGUACAAGCGAAAUGUCAUUCUCAAUCGUCUAUUGCUGAAUCCGGUUAUUCCUUAGAAUAUUUACAAAAUACUAAAUAUCGUCAAUUGUGUGCGAAAGAAUAUCAACUUUGUCAAAAUAUGCAAUUAAAUAAAAAUGAUCAAUUAACAACAAGAGAUUUCGAUGUAACUUUAAGUAACCAUAGACUUGAAUCAUCAAUAUCAUAUAUUCAAAGUUCAUUAAUAAAUAAAUCAAUGGCAACAACUAUGAGUACUGUAACAUCCUCAAAGAAAGAAAAUAUAACCGCAGGUGUUAUUAUUCCUUUAGUAAUUCUUUUACUUAUUGUAACCAUAGUCAGUUUGUAUGUUAUUCUAUCUGGACGCCUUAUCACAAUGAAGAAUCGAGAACAAAUGACAAAUUUUAUUAUGAGACAAAGAAAACAAAAAUAUAUAUCAAAUGUUUCUACAGGCGUGAAUCCGACAAGAUUCGAUGAUUGCAUGUCAAUUGAGAAUGUAAAUAUGAAUUCAAAUCCUCAAAAACACUCUUUUCAAGUCUAUCAGCAACGAAAAAAUUCAUAUUCCGAUGAAGAAUCAGAAUUAACAUUUUAUAGUUUGAACAAUAAUGAAAAUUCGUCAACUUCAAUGAUUCAAUCGUCUUCCAUGACUGAAUUUGAUGUAGCAUCAUUAACAUCAACAAUAAAUUCUUCGUUAUCUAGUGAAACUGUUAUUGUUUCAAAUCGAAAUCAACAAAGAAUAUAUUGA